CCUGCCGGACACAGAGGACUGUACCCACGCCUAGAAAAGAGCACAGCAUGGGGAGGCGCUGCUGCUGGCGGCGGCGCGGGCUGGUGGUCGCGAGUCUGGGUGCUGCGUUCCUGCUCUUGUGCACCGCGCCCCGCGCCCUGCGCCUGGCUUCUUUGCCCAGGUUUGAGAGAUGCAGCCAAGGCAUUGGUUACCUGGGGUUUGCUCCUUUCGACCUCCCUCCUCUUCUGCAAAGCCCAGGAGAUGGCCCAAUGAGGGAGGGGAGAGCAGGUGUUGGAGAAGCAUUUGAAAACAGGGCCCUGGGCUCCCUCUGGCUUGGUGGGGAGAGGAAGAGUCCCCUACAGCUGCUCUAUGACCUGGACCAGAAUCCACCCUCACUCCUGGCAGAGGUGCACCGGCAGCGGCGCGACCUUCUUCGCCGCACCUGCAGCCGCCUCACGCGUCGCCAACACCUGCUGCGCCCGGAAGACUUGCGGCACGUGCUAGUGGAUGAUGCUCACGGCCUGCUUUACUGCUACGUGCCCAAGGUAGCCUGCACCAACUGGAAGCGCGUGCUACUGGCGCUGAGCGGCCGCGCCCACGGCGACCCCAGCGCCAUCCCCGCGCACCAGGUGCACGCGCCGGGCAGCCUGCCCUCGCUGGCAGACUUCAGCCCCGCCGAAAUCAACAGGCGCCUGCGCGCCUACUUGGCCUUCCUAUUUGUGCGCGAACCUUUCGAGCGCCUGGCAUCUGCCUACCGCAACAAAUUCGCGAGGCCCUAUAGCGAGGCCUUCCAGCGGCGCUAUGGCACGCGCAUAGUGCGGCGCCUACGCCCCGGUGCACACGCUGACGCCCUGGCACAUGGCCACGAUGUACGCUUUGCAGAAUUCCUGAGCUACCUGCUGGAUCCGCGCACGCGGCGCGACGAGCCCUUCAAUGAGCACUGGGAGCGCGCGCAUGCGCUCUGCCAUCCUUGCCGCUUGCGCUACGACGUUGUGGGCAAGUUUGAGACUCUGGCGGAGGAUGCCGCCUUCGUGCUGGACUUGGUGGGUGAGUCGAAGCUGAGUUUUCCGACGCCACCACGGCCCAAAGCGGCUGCUGUGAGAGACCAAGCCGCACGGCUCUUCCAGGACAUCAGCCCCUUCUACCAGCGGCGCCUCUUUGAUCUCUACAAGAUGGACUUCCUGCUCUUCAAUUACUCAGCCCCCUCCUACCUGCGGCUGCAUUAGUGGCAGUGGGACAGGACCUAAAGAUAUGCUGGUGCUCCUGCCCAAGACACAGCUGUUUGAGAACCCUGAACACACAUGUAGGUGGCCAGCUACAUGGGCACAGGUCAUACUUGACUGGGUUUGGGUACAGUGCUUCUCAAGAGAGCAUGCCUGCCGCUGCCUGUGGCUCUAUGCGUGUUUCGUCUGUCUGCUCAGGUGAUGGGGGCCGCUUAGCUACUCUAGUGGGCAAAGAAUACGUAAAUCAUUUUGAGGGGCUCUGAGAAGCCAGUUUUAUAAAGAUCAAGUGUGCCCCUGAACCUGCCUGUGAGGAACUAAGCAGGGUGGGGACACCUGGCUCAGCGUGGCUUAGGAGCUAAUAUAGCGCCCCACCCCCGGUUUCACCUAUCCUGGCGAGGACAGACUGGCCAAGGAGUUAAGCCCUCCCUGCUCAUGUCCUGCCUGGGGCUUCAGUCUUGCAGGAUGCCAGCUCUUCCUGUGUGCCAGCAGAGCCCAGUGUGCAAUAUGAUGCUAGGGUUUUUAGGACUUUGGUCAGCUGGACAGUCAUGUUUUGAAAAUAAAUGUUUUGUUACUUUUUUGACUCUUUGGAGUUCCUCCUUUAUUGGGCCAUUUGCUCCCAGGGCAUGAAAGCUGCCCACUCUUGGACACUCACCAAGUCUCUGGGCCUAAGUUUUCCCUGCUGCUAAAUGGCAUAAGAAGGCUAGAUGCCUAUGAAGAUCAGAGGAGAGGGAGCAUAAGAUCUGGGUUAUUUCCACAGGAGCCCACAGUUGGGAGGGGCUAGGUAUGUGCAUGGAUAAGGUCUGUGCUGUGCAUGUAUGGAUGUUAAAUGGAUCAGUGGUUUCAAUUUAGUG